AUGACUCCACGGCGAUCCAGUACCCAGGUUUCCCAGACCUUGGGCCGCAGCACACGACGAUCCACCAUCCAAACCCAGGGGCGCAGCCGAAGUCGUAGUCGUAGUCGCAGUCGCAGUCAUCGUCGAAAUCGAAGUCCCAGAAUCCGCGGUCGACCAUCAGAAGAGGCAGCCUUCGACUUCAAAUGCGUUCGCAAUACCUUGGACUAUAAGUACGUCAGCCUUUUAGACAUCAAGAUCGAAGACGGAACAGCAGUCGUGCCAGACGAAGCUAGCGAUAGCACAGAUGACUCUUUCCGGUAUCGGCCCAAACCUGUCAAGCCGGGGCCGCACGAGCCUGGCAUCGCGCGCAUUUUUCUCUGCCCGGAUGAAGAGAAACUCGAUGAGCUGGAAGACUAUCUCGAGUACGGGGACGACGGCCCACGGGAUCGCGUGCCUCGACGGGAAGGAAUGGGCUCCUAUACGGCGCCCGACGAACCCAGCGAUAACUGCCCCUAUGAUCUGCGCGAUGUCUUUUGGUGGCUACCCCGUCGAAGCCUCAUAUUCCAGAAUCGCAUGGGCCUCAGACAGGACCGCGUUAGGCAGGAUCGCGAUGCCACCCGAACAGAUGAGAUUUCCAGUGGAGCCGAAGAAGAUGCGUCUUCCGAACGGGCACGGAACGGCUUCGGAUUGGGACCCCUCGAUGAAGUGGACACGAUAUUUUGCUUUUCCGAGCUCUUUUUCGUCUAUCGUAGAGGCGCGGAGGAUGCUUAUGGAGAAUUGGUCCAGCACAAGCUGUAUUUGCUGAAUAACGAUGCGGAUAGGAUCACUAUCGUAUGGCGAUGUUGCACGAUGUUCGCCCCCGUCGGCGGUUCGUCCUGCCAGCAGGACUUCCUUGCUGACGUCCUCGAAAGGGGCUCCUAUGUGCGCAUGCUCAAGAGCCUCCAGCCCUCCCACGACGACUUCCUCGUCCUCUUCAUCCUGCAAGUCCUCUCCUCCGACAUCAUGCAGCUCGAGCGCGCCGUGCAAUACGAGAUCAAACCGCGCCUCUUCACCGACCUCAUGAAACCCGCGGACUCCGUCUCCACCGACUACUUCAAGGCCAUGGAAGCGCGCAUCUACAGCUUCAACCGCAUGAAAUGCAUGGUCGAGAAGGCCGAGGACAUCAACGAGAUGUGGAACUACCUCUGCCUGAAGCUCAAACUGGGCGACCUAGGCACCGAAGCUGCAAUCGAGGAUUUCUGCGAUGAAGUGCGCACGCUGACGCUGCGUGCCUCACAGCUUCUCAAGCACGCUAAGCGCAUCGAUACGCGCUACCAGGACCUCUUUGCCCUAAAUACUACCGUCUCGCAGUCGCGCCAGUCCUUCUCAGUCACCAUUCUCACCGUCCUCGCCGCCGUCUUCCUCCCGCUCUCCCUCGCCUCCGCCGUGCUCAGCAUGCAAACCCGCUUCAGCGACCUCGGCGUGCUGAUCUACGACUUCUUCGGCGUAGCCUGGAUCUUCGGCACCUUCUCGCUGGUCUGCUUCUGGCUCGUGCGGUACGGGACGCGCUUCCUCGACAAAGCCUGGAGCCUCAAGCACCUGGAGAAAGACAACUACCGCACCUGGCGGGGCUCGAUCCAGGGUAUUACGUACUCGUACAUUUUCGGGUGGACGCUGGUGCUUGUGUCGUUCUUGCUCGGCAUGUUUUUGAGGGAGACGGUGGUUGAUUGGAGGGCGUGGCCCUUUUUGGCGGUGGGCGUUACGACGUUUGUGCUUGCACCGGUUUUUGUGCCGGUUAUGGAUGUGCUGUAUACUAUCUUGUCGCUUUUCGGACUGGGCUGGUCUUUUUUCUGCUGGAGGACGAGGAGGCGCGUCAAGAGGCCGAGCGGGGGGAGAUGGAAAGGGAGGCGGCACAGCACCAAGAGGGAGUCUGCGGCGGACAACGUUUAG